AUGGCUACCAGUAGGUUGGUUCGAUGGUAUAUUAAUGAUAUAGGCCGACUAUGGGUGAAAUCAACUGUCCUCGAACCAGCAGGAUUUCCAACUGCGGACCACACUGGUGUGCUUCUGCAUAUACAGUCUCCACAUAAUGCGUGCAGCGUCGCAAAAAAACCAAAAGCAUACCCACCGCCACCGUAUGCCAUAGAGGCCACACGAAGCUGUGUCAAACAAGUGUUGAAGAAAUUUAUGGAGCGGCUUGGUUGUGACCAGCAAUCCGCCACGGAGGUUGCGACUACAUGGUAUACGUUUAAAACAAAGCUGCCGACUAAAAUAUUACGGGCACGAACGACCGAGCGUCAACGCCUGAAGAAUACCUUUCGACAAAAAAUUAAAAGUUUGAAGAAACAACGGGUCCGGGCGCAGGAGAGAGCACGGCAAUUUGCGGGAACGCCACUGGGAGAAGAAGCUCACUUUGCAUUACAACGCAUCGACGUGGCAAUAGCUAAAAGUCAACGAAGACGUCGAAGACGCGCCAACCAACGACAACAGCGUCGUUUUCGUGAUCACACUUGGAAACCGAGAAAAACCACUAAAAGUAUGUUUCGGGGAAAUUCCUAUAAAUUCAACGAUAAUGACCUACAUUACGAACAGCUGAAGGUGAUUAUGUCAGGGAUAACAGGGCAAAAGCAGAGACUUUUGCAGAUGCGUGGACCCCAAUUUUUACCGGGAAUACGCCAAGUUUCUAUGACAUAA